CAGGACACCUCCUCCCCAAACUAAUUUCAUACCUGAGGUGCCGGACACACCGGUUGUCAGGUGUGAAGAGAUCGUCCAUGUAAUGUAAAACUGAAGAAGGCUUCUCGAUGUGUCAACACCAGUUUUAUGUUACAAAACCCGCCCUGAAGAGGUCAAAACAAGGCACGCAGCCAAGCCACGGGUUUAUAUCGCAUCAUUAACCGCUUGUUGGUAAUGUCACUUCCUGUUUCGGACCAAGCAGUGUGACGGUUUGUGCCAGGAUGAGGAGAGAUCUUCGGGGGGCACUGCUCCUGCUGCUGACUGCAGCUGUGCAGUCCAGCAGCAUGUCUGCACCAGGGGAACCGGUCCUGCUCAGCUGCAGGUCCCCAGAGAAGGAGACGUUCACCUGCUGGUGGGAGCCAGGCUCUGACGGGGGGCUGCCCACCACCCAUCACCUGUAUUACGAGAGAGAAAGAUUGGAGGGGACGUACGAGUGUCCGGACUAUCUGUCAGCUGGGAGGAACUCCUGCUUCUUUGACAAGAACCACACCUCCAUCUGGGUUGACUACUACCUGACUGUAAUGGCCUCCAAUGCCCUCGGGAAUGCCACUUCAGACCCCUUCAAGAUGGAUGUGAUGGAAAUCGUGAAGCCCGAUGUUCCUGGAAAUGUAACGCUGCGGGUAGAAGAGAGAGAGGCCAGUCCAUCUCUCCACGUCAGAUGGAUGCCUCCCUCUAACACAGACACCAAAUCCGGUUGGGUCACUAUCAAAUAUGAACUAAGGGUCAAAAAAGAUAACAGCAACAACUGGAAG